AUGCGGACACCGAGCGUCCGGUCCACCUCCGGCAGCCGCGGUUCCUCGCCUCCACCGACUGAGCUUGAGAACAGUGCCGGCGGGAGCAACGACGGCAACCGCAACGAGUUAUCGUGGCCGAGCAGCAAUAGCAAGAACGGUUGCAGCGGCGCCAGGACCAGCAGCCACGGCCGCAGCAGCCACCAAGUCAACCGCGGUUCUGCGGCGUCAGAGUUGUCGCCGCCGGAGUCGUCGUCUUUGGGGUCCUCCCUCCAGGAAGGGAUGUCGACGCGGAAUCAUGGCGGAGAUUAUUUGUGGGAGGUGAAACUCAACGACAUCGUCGGAAACGGCAUCUCCGGGAUCCUGUACAAAUGGGUGAACUACGGUAAGGGCUGGAGACCACGGUGGUUCAUUCUCCAGGAUGGAGUUCUCUCAUACUUCAAGAUCCAUGGCCCGGACGGGAUCGAGGUCAACAGCGAGACUAAUAACGGCUCUAGGGUCAUCGGCGAGCUGUCAAUCCGUUUGCUGUCGCGUCGUCGCCAAUGCUAUUCCCAUCAGCGCCGCAAGCCUAUCGGGGAAGUGCACCUCAAGGCAAGUAAAGGUUUCAUAUAGCGUCCGAGAAUAAGAAAUCCGCAUCAUAUUGGUAGUACCUUCUUGGACAAUUAUUUAAUUCUCCUUUCUGCCCAACCGCACUCCACGUUAUCUAGGUUUCUUCCAUCAGAGAGAGCCGAUCUGAUGACAAGAGAUUCUCAAUCUUCACCGGAACCAAGAGGCUCCACCUGAGGGCAGAGACUAGGGAUGACCGCAUCGUGUGGAUGGACGCCCUGCGGGCCGUCAAGGAAAUGUUCCCAAGGAUGUCAAACAGCGAGCUGUUGGCCCCUAUAGACGACAUCGACGUGUUGACCGAGAGGCUGCGAAAGCGGCUUCUGGAGGAAAACGUCACAGAAACGACUAUCCAGGAUUGCGAGCAGAUCAUGAGGAGUGAAUUUUCCGUCUUGCAGGACCAACUAGUUAUUCUCAAGCAAAAGCAUGACUUCCUCCGUGAAACCCUCCGUCAACUGGAGGUAUGGAACCUGCUUUCGUUCUUUUAUUUUAGCAUGUGUUUCCUGUUAAAUUGUUCUUUUAGACCUUUAUAUUUCGUUUUUCCAAUAAAAUACACAAAUUAUGGUUGCUGUAACCUUGCAUUCAGCUAAUUUUUUUUAUCCGUAGUGGCGAUUGUCUCUGAGAUACCAUUAUUUUAACAACUUUACAAAAAUUCUAGUGCAGAUAUUCGUGUAAAUUUCCAUGCACGUAUCGUCACCUGAUACUUUUCUUGAACAUGGGAAGAGGAAACCUUUUGGAGAACAGCAUAGCAAACUUUUAAAUUGCCGAAGCGUCCUUUGAUAAUAUUAGAUGAUUCCUGAGGACCAUUUAGUUAGGAGACCUACAAAUGAUUUUUGUUAUAAUGGUUAACAUGUUAUCAUCUCACGCCAGGAUUGCAGUAGGACAUCUAGAAUCGUAAGUAGUUUUUCUAUAAAGUCUAGUUAAGAGAAACUAAGCAAAAUUGAUUUAAUUGUACCUUCGAGACCUCAUUCUGGACAAUCUCCAACGUAUUGACUACAAAAUUAUCCCGGAAAUUUGAUACUUGGAUUGAAUAAAUAGUCGUUAUUUCCCAGCUUACUACUUUUCUGGUGCUCAUUGGAAAGAGUACCGAGACAUGGACAUUAAAUUUAUACAAUCAAAUUUUCAGCGUUACCAUGGCACUUUAUUUGAUCCCCUCAGCCAAUUUUCCGACAUUUAUAAUCAAAAGAGAAGUGCACCAUUUCAUAUUUUGUUAAUUUCAUUCAAGAUAAUUUUACCUGACAUGCACAUGGGUUGGACGAGACAAGUAUUUAAGUAGAAGACAGUGAUUACAUAAAGUGGGGAGUCCAUCACUCUUGGUUUCCGGGAUAUUUCCAAAUCAUGCAAUCAUAGUCUUCCACCAUGUUGGCAGCCACUGGAAGAAGUAAUCCGAUAAACAAGUAUUGACACAUUUGUUAGAUGUGUUCAUUCUGGACUUGUCGGCAUGUCUGACUAUGAUGUUUGAAAUGUAUUGACAUAUUUUAUUGUUGUGCGCAACAUGGACAUGUCGAUGAGUCUAAUUUAAAUUAUAGAACUGUUCUUUUAACCAUAGAUAUAAGCAACAAAUAUCUGCGUGCAGUAAGUAUAGCCAAAUACUGUCGGGAGGGGGAGCUAAACUUUUUUCUCCCAGCUCCUUUCUUCCUGUCUCUAUUUGGAGUCCAGUCGAGAGAAAAAUUGCACGUAGAUUUAUUCAUACAGAGCAGCUGAAAUGAACCUGCCAUGGUGUUGAAACAUUGCCAUUCACACUUGUUGUACUAUACUGUCCUAUAAGGUAAGGUAUACCUUCCCCAUUCGUUCUGUGAAUUUUCCCCAUCUUUUAUUGGUGCAUUUCUUUUGGUUAGAUUUUUUUUCAUUAAUAGGGUUUUUCUUUUCUGCUAAAUAUCAUCUGUUAUCAAAGAAGAAACUUUAUCCGUUCUGCUUGACCUGCUAGCUCUUCAUAGGUGCCGGACUAUAAUGAACAUGUAUCGUAUCAACUGUGUUGAAUGCGUGUAUCCAUUGACAUCAAUGUUGGCAAAUAUUUAUCAUGUUUUUAUUUGAAUGUUCCUGGUUGAUUGUUACAGAAAUUUUAUUUUAUUCUUUGUCUUCUAGACAGAAAAAGUAGACCUGGAGAAUACAUUUGUUGACGAGAGCCAAAGACAGUUAAAGGAAGAUGAGCUUUCAUCUAGGUCCAGGCUUGAAAAAGACAGUGGUAUGAUAUUUGACGAAAACUUAAUGUUAUUCAUUCAUUAUUUCGUUGCAGGUACAAUGCUGUUUUCCUACUCAGCUUUUCUGUUGUUUCCUACUCACCUUGCGAUUUUUCAAGCCAGAUUCCUACAGAUUAUUUUCAUCAAACAGACAGUAGCAUCUUCUAAUCUGUGACGAAAAAAUGUAAAUGAAAUAAUUAAAUUGGUGGUAAAUGUACACUGACCCAUGUGAUACAUUGGAGGAUGGAAAAAUGGCCUGUAUAUGAUAGCCUUUAAGAGACGAAUUAUAUUCAUGUUACGAAAUAUCUACUGCUUCAAAAAGAAGCUGCAAUUGAACAUUCUUACAAAAGUAUUUUGGGGAGUGAACACUGUUGAAUGACUUGGUCUUUCACGGGACUGAAUUCUUUUUGAGCGGGCCAUUUGACGUUUUUUUCUAGGAAAAAAACGUAUUGUAGAUUGUCUGGUUUCUUGUCGACUUUAGUUUUUAUUAGAUGCUUUAAUUUAUCUAGCAAAGCUGGUGUAUUAGAGCUUACAUGUGUGUUAAUACCACUGAUGCUUGGAUAUUGAUGCUUUGUAGAUGGAAGUGAAUCUGAAUCCGACGACGAGAAUGAAAUACAUGAUGCUGCAGAUGAAGAAACUGAAAAUGACGGGAAUGCAUUUUUUGAUACACAUGAUUUUCUCUCUUCAGGUUCCUUUAAGAGCACAGAAUCUGAACAACAGCUAUCAUCAGUUGGUUCUGACGAGGAUGAUAUUUAUGGAAUUCAUUUUGUCGAUGAUAAAGAUACUUCCCUAAUGACUGGAUGUGCUAACUAUCCAUAUGUUCGAAGGCGUCGGAAAUUGCCUGUCCCAAUUGAAAAGGAGAAGGGUGUGAGUCUGUGGUCGAUGAUUAAAGAUAACAUUGGAAAGGAUCUCACGAAAGUUUGUCUUCCUGUGUUUUUCAAUGAACCUCUUUCUUCUCUACAAAAGUGCUUUGAAGAUCUUGAGUAUUCUUACCUUAUUGACCGAGCAUAUGAAUGGGGGAAAAAGGUAAUUUUAAUUUCGUCUUUCUUUGAUAUUGUUUCUGAGUGAAUUAUAUAAUCUAUAUGCCCUGAUUUUAUUUGUCACGAGUGCAAAUGCUAUCGCCAACUGAUUGAAGUUCUUUCCAUUGCGUCAGCAUCUGAAUCUCGUUCUGCCAUAUGCUCUUCUAACUAUGAUGUUCAUGUUUCUUCCAUCUUUGUUACCGAACCAUUGAUUUGAUAGUCCCAGUGUUUAUAGUUAAUUAAACAUUUUUGUUUCUUGUGGCGGUCUUCAAGAUUAUCUAACCCUUUAUAUUAAGUUUUCAACACACAUAGGCUCAUGAGUUAUUAAUUCAUCGGCGAUUGUGUUUUUUGGUGAAAAUUGACUUACAUGAAUUUAUAUUAUCCAUACUCUUUUUUAUUUGAAUUAUGAGACUACAUGCAUUUGUUUUAUCUAGAAUGAAUUCCUUCAUGGUCAUUUAAUUGUUGUAAACUUCUUCAAAAGUCCUCAGAUUUGGUGCUCUUUAUUAGUUUUGUAAUAUUUUGAUGGAAUUCUGUAGGGCAAUGGUCUUAUGAGGAUUCUUAAUCUAGCAGCCUUUGCUGUAUCUGGGUAUGCAUCGACUGGAGGAAGAAGCUGCAAGCCUUUCAAUCCGUUGUUGGGCGAGACGUAUGAGGCUGAUUACCCUGAUAAAGGCAUCCGAUUCAUCUCAGAAAAGGUUUCCAACAUGCACAUCAUGUGUUUCUUGUUUAUCUAUUGACGCCGUUUUUGGAUUUCUCGCUGUUGUAUAUCUAAAUGGAUCUGGCAACAGUAUUGGCGACUAUUUUUAAAAAAUGCAUUACUAACUAAGAUGGCAGCUGAGUUUCCUUUAUACAAACCCGUAUGGUGAAGGACUCUGGUGAUUCAAGCUCGCCUAGUCCUCCGAUUCCACUCACCCGCCCUCGUGGUGGUGCUUCCAGGUUAGUCACCAUCCGAUGGUCGUCGCGUGCCACUGCGAGGGGCGGGGAUGGCGAUUGUGGGGGGACAGCAAUCUCAAGAGCAAGUUCUGGGGCCGCUCCAUUCAGCUCGAUCCUGUCGGCGUUCUGACCUUGGAGUUCGACGACGGGGAGAUCUUCCAGUGGAGCAAGGUAGAGGCACCCCCAUCCAUGUCUUGGCGGCAGUAAAAUAAACCUUAAUGGAGAACUGAGAGCCUUCUUCCUCCCUCCAUCCUCCACCUCCUCCUCCUCCUCCUCAGGUGACGACCUCCAUCUACAACCUCAUCCUGGGGAAGCUCUACUGCGACCACUACGGCACCAUGCGCAUCCAGGGGAGCCGCCAGUACUCCUGCAAGAUCAAGUUCAAGGAGCAGUCUAUCAUCGACCGCAAUCCGCAUCAGGUGGGUGUCGAUUAUUGACGGCGGCGAUAGACAGUGUUUCUCUCUCUAUCUCUUGCUCUGUCUCUAGCUCUAUCUCUCUCUACUUGCAGGUACAGGGGAUAGUCCAGGACAGGAGCGGGAGGACUGUGGCGACGCUGUUUGGGAAGUGGGACGAGAGCAUGCGGUACGCAAUGGUGGGAGAGGGCUUCUCCUCCAAGGGCAAGGGGCCACCGGAGCCGCCCCUCCUCUCCGAGACUGCCCCCCUCCUGUGGCGGCGCUCCAAGCCGGGCCCCCACCCAACCAGAUACAACCUGACCCGCUUCGCCAUCACCCUCAACGAGCUCACCCCCGAGCUCAAGGUCAGCCGCCACUCCCCCCCCUCCUCCUUUCUCUCUCUAUCUCUCUGUAUAUAUUAUAUAUAUCUUUCUGAGGAUGGCGUGGGGACGCGCAGGAGAAGCUGCCGCCGACGGACUCGCGGCGGAGGCCGGACCAGAGGUGCCUGGAGAAGGGAGAGUACAUGACGGCCAACGCGGAGAAGCUGAGGCUGGAGCAGAGGCAGCGUCAGGUAAGCGUUUAGAUUGGCAUGGGAUGACGUGAGGUCUCUCGGCGUGGUGGCUGACAGGCAGGGCCAAUGUGUGAUUGAAUGGUUGGCGCGCGCAGGCGAGGAAGAUGCAGGAGAGGGGGUGGAAGCCCCGGUGGUUCGCCAGGGACAAGGGUGGGGACACAUACCGUUACGUCGGCGGCUACUGGGAGGCGCGGGAGCGCGGCGACUGGAGCUCCUGCCCCGACAUCUUCGGCCAGGUACCCGCCGAUUCCUUCCUCGACUGGCAGCGAGAUUGA